AUGGAAAAAUUUCUGGUGAGCGCAGCGACGGGAGCAAUGACCUCCCUCCUGGGGAAGUUGGGCACCAUGCUGACCGAUGAAUACAAGCUGCUCAAGGAUGUCCGUGGUGACAUCGAGUUCCUCAAGGAUGAGCUUGAGGCGAUGCAGAAAUUCCUCCUCAUGAUGGCAGAUGUGGAGGAACCCGACCACCAAGCUAGACUUCGUGCUGAUGCUGUGCGGGAGCUGUCCUAUGAUAUUGAGGACAAAGUUGACAAGUUUAUGUUACUUGUCAACCAUGAGUCCAGUUCCAAGUCAGAAGGCUUCAAGGAGCUUUUUGGCAAAAGCAUGAAAAAGAUAGCGAGCAUUAAGACUCGCCAUAAAAUCAUGAAAGAUGUCAAAGACAUUAAGGGCAAAGUCAAGGAGAUCAGCGAGAGAUAUGCAAGGUACAAGAUCGAUGAUUCUUCCAUGCCUAGAAAUGAAAAGGUUGACCCACGAAUUUGUGCGGUAUAUAAAGAUACAACUGAGCUUGUUGGCAUUGAUGCCCCAAGAGAUGAGCUUGUAAAGUUGCUGAGUGAUGAGGAAGGUGAAUUGAAAAAUCAGCACAAAGUUGUCUCUAUUGUUGGGGCUGGUGGGUUUGGUAAGACGACACUUGCUAGACAGGUCUAUAACAAGCUUGAAGCAAAUUUUGACUGUCGAGCUUUUGUGUCAAUCUCACGAAGCCCUGAUAUGACGAAGAUCUUGAGUUCUGUAUUAUCCCAAUUGCGCAACCAAGAUGAAGAUUAUGCUGGAGUAGGGGAUCCACAACUUCUCAUUGACCAUAUCAGAAAUUUUCUGAAAGAUAAAAGGUACUUGAUAAUAAUUGAUGACAUAUGGGAUGUACCCACAUGGAAAAUUUUGGAAUGCGCUUUUGUCAAGGGCGGUCAUGGCAGUAGAGUAGUGAGCACAACACGUAAAAAUGAUGUAGCAAAAUCAUGCUGCUCGUUUGACAGAAAUCUUGUCUACAAAAUCAAACCACUUAGUGAUGCUGACUCAGCCAAGUUAUUUUUCAAGAGAAUAUUUGGUUGUGUGGAAAUGUGCCCUUCCAACUUGAAAGAAACCUCGGAAGAUAUUUUGAAAAAGUGUGGUGGGUUGCCACUGGCUAUCAAUGCCAUAUCAAGCUUGUUGGCAACUGGAAAAAGGGAAACAGAACAAGAGUGGAAUCGGGUCCGUAACUCUAUUACUUCUAUAGAAGGCAAAAGUUCUGAUAUAGAGGCUAUGAAAUACAUAUUAUCGUUGAGCUACUUUGACCUUCCACUCCAUCUAAGAAGUUGCCUAUUGUACUUAACUUUGUAUCCUGAAGAUUAUGAAAUCGGAAGGAAACGGUUAGUACACAGAUGGAUUUCUGAGGGUUUUAUCCGUGGUAAAGACGGAGAUCUAGUUGACUUGGGAGAUAUGUAUUUCCAUGAGCUCGUUAAUAGAAGUUUAAUACAACCGGUGAAAGUAAAAUAUAAUGGUAAGGUAUCAUGGUGCCGAGUUCAUGACACCAUCCUUGAUUUCCUCAUUGACUUAUCUCACAGAGAGAACUUCUCUACUUUGUUAAGCAAUAAAGCGAAGCCAGAUCGCAGAAUUCGUCGACUGUCUCUGACAGGGAAUGAAGAUCAAGGGAUUGUCGAGCAGUUGGAUAUAUCACAUGCUCGAUCACUUGGUGUCUUCGGGCCUACCAAACAGUUGCCUUCCCUUGUGAAGUCAGAUGCUCUGCGUGUGCUGGAUCUAAGAGUUUGUGGAGGAUUGGGAAAUCAUCAGGUCAAAGAUAUUGGAAAACUUGUUCAGUUGAGAUACUUGAACAUCGAUGGUACACAUAUAACUGAGCUUCCUAAUCAAAUUGGGGGCUUGGAGUAUCUAGAGACGCUUGCUACAGAUCCCAAAUUUCCUGUGUUGCCUGAAUCAGUUAGUCUGCUAAAACGCCUCGCUCGUUUGUUUGUUGGGAAUGGCACCAAAUUGCCGGAUGGGAUUGGAAACAUGGAGAACUUGCAGGAGCUUGAGGAUAUAAACCCCUUUGUGCAAUCACUGAACUUUACAGAAGAGCUUGGUAAACUGAUAAAUUUGAGGAAACUGAAAAUCAGUUGGCACACCAUCAAAUCUGACGAUGCAAGUCAUAAGGAGAAGUUAGUAUCCUCCCUUUGUAAACUGGAUAACUGCAACCUCCGCAUCCUGUAUAUUGUAUUUUAUCUGGAGGAAGAGGAUAGCUUCAUAAAAGAUUUGUGCUUCCCGAGUCUCAAUUGUGUCCGAAACAUUUGUCUCUCGCGUGGAGAAAUCCAUUGGAUUGCCAAGUGGCUGCUUUCACUUGCCAACCUACAAAAAUUGUACAUCACUAGUGGGGAGAUAGAGCAGCAGGAUCUUGAGAUGAUAGGAAGCAUAUCUACCCUUGUCCGAUUUGAUGUGUGGUAUGUGUGUGAAGGUCCCAUCAUCAGCAGCAGCAGUGGAUUUCAACAAUUACAGAAGUUUACCCUCAGUUUUUGUAACGGGUUCAUGUUUGAAGCAGGGGCUAUGCCAAAUCUUAGGGAGCUUCAUCUCAUUUUUCAUCUACAUGAGUUAAAAUCAGCUGGUAGUGUUUUUGAUUUUGGCAUCCAACACCUCGCCAGCCUCGCUAACAUCCAUGUCUUGAUACACUGCAAUGGAGUCACGGCAGCGGAUGUGGAGGCUGUUGAGCGUGCUUUGAAGAGCAUGGCCGAGGCAAACCCCAACCGACCUGCACUGGAAAUCAGUAAAAUAUGUGAAGGUGACAUGUUACCAGAUGAAUGA